UUCAUCCUCGUAGAGGAUUCCAAGCCGCUUGAACUAAGCACCUAUUUUCUCUCUCUAAUUUUCUCUCUCUUAAGAAGAAGGAAGAAGAAGAAGAAACAGCUACCGAUCAAUCAAUCGAAGCCCUAAUUGUGUCGGCACAGCUUGUGAAUUGUUGCGAAUUUGUGGAAACAAAGACGAUGAUAGUUGGUCAAAACGUGGUUGCUGAAACGGAGAUCUAUUGCCAACAGAACUCGAUCUCUGUUCUCGAUGUUCAGUACAUCUGCGUUCCCAAGGCUACAUCUUCUCCGAUCGAACAUCAGUUUCUCGAAGUUUCUACUACUUUGUCACCUAAGCAGAGGUUGAAUCUCACCCACGAAUUUCAAUCACCUGACCUUGUUUCUCUUCAAAUCUCUGCGCCUCAAACGGUUCAGAUCAGCGAAAAUAAUGUUCAGAGUACAAUUAUGGAGCCAACCUCCACAACGUUUCUUCCAAGCAUUUGUUCUGGCAGUCACACAGAUAUUGGAUCUCGAGCAUCGAAUGAAGAUGAACACAUUCGAAUCGACGAUCUUUCUUCUCACAUGGGCUAUCUUUUUGGCUGCAAGCUUCCAAGUUCAUUCUACGCAGUGUUUGAUGGACAUGGAGGCUCAAAUGCAGCUACUUAUCUGAAGAACAAUUCCAUCAAGAUUUUCUUCGAGGAUAUGGACAUGCCGCAAACAUCUGAAAUUGAUGAACUUUUCCUGAAAAAGUUAGAAGUAUGUCAUCAGAAGGCCUUUCUAUCAGCUGAUCGAGCUUUAUCAGACGAACAAAUUUCUCCUUCUUCAUGUGGAACAACUGCUUUAACUGCCCUAAUCCUCGGCAGGCUUCUAAUGGUCGCGAAUGCUGGUGACAGCCGAGCUGUCCUCUGCAGAAAAGGUUUGGCUGUCCAGCUGUCGCAAGAUCAUAGGCCAGAUUAUUUGCCAGAGCGGAAAAGAGUGGAGGAUUUAGGCGGGUUUAUUGAAUAUGGUUACCUCAAUGGAGAACUCGCGGUUACUCGCGCUCUGGGCGAUUGGUACUUGAAAGCCCCGUUUGUAUCUUCAUCGUCACCACUUACAGCCGAGCCUGAAAUUCAACAGAUCGUGUUGAGGGAGGAUGAAGACGAGUUUCUAAUCAUUGCCUGCGAUGGAAUUUGGGACGUAUUGUCGAGUCAGGAUGCUGUCAGUUUGGUUCGACUUUCGCUAAGGAGGCAUGGAGAUCCGACGAGGUGUGCUCAAGAAUUAGUGAAGGAAGCAAUAAGGGUUAAUGCUGGAGAUAAUCUGACAGCGAUUGUCGUCUGUUUCUCUCUCCCGGUUCGUUCUGAGAGGCCGAGAUUCAGAUUCUGUGUUUCGGAAGAAUCUAGGAAUAAGUUGAGGGACUUGCUAGAAGGUAAGUAACUAAAUUGAUGUUAUAGAUGCAAAUUGCAAUGGAUUUAUAACCAAUGAUUAAUGAGCAAGUGUACAUACACCAUUGCUUUCUUGUUAUUGGGGGUGAGGGGGGUAUUUCGAGUUCGAAUUUGGAAAGAAACUUCUAAUCUGUUUUUGAGGCUGCUUCAGAUAUGGUAGAGAAAAGCAGCCAUUAAUUUUGUAUUCAGAAAGGAUGCUUUUAUUUUUUCUUAAAUCUUUUUUAUUGUAUGGAUUAUGUUCACUUUUUGCUGCCCAUCAAAACAAUAGUGUGUAUAUUUUCUUUCUCUUUUAUCAUAAAGUUGUUUGGUUUAGGUUA